GUUCCAUUCGGAGCGAAUGUUAUUGCAACGUCUAUUUACUGUUAAAAUAGUAGCAGUCGGUUUUUGUUAAAAUUUAACAAAAACCGAUAUUAAAUAUUCUUAUUUUUUUAGUUAUAUUAACAUUUUAUUCGUUUUAUAAAACUAUCAGCAAUGAGCGAGGAGAACGAUGGACCCCGAACGGAGUACAAGCUGGAGACGGACUCGGAGCUUCGGUUUGAAAUUGAAAACAAGAAUGAAGUCACCGUCACGUUACUUAGUGGUUACGCAGAGCUUUUCGGCACAGAGUUGGUAAUGAAGAAACCAUACGUGUUCGGGGUGGGCGCAAAAGUUGCCAUUUUCACCUAUCACGGCUGUAUGAUUGAACUUCGUGGUAAACCUGACGUUGCCUAUGUAGCUCGAGAAACUCCGAUGGUACAGUAUCUUAACUGUAAUUCCGCACUAGAACAGUUGAGAGCUAAGGCCGAGCUGGACGACGUUCAGGGUCCAGUGGUGAUGGUUGUUGGCCCGAUGGAUGUAGGAAAGUCAACGCUUUGCAGGAUUUUCUUAAAUUAUGCAGUUCGAUUAGGACGCCGACCGAUCUAUGUUGAUUUAGACGUUGGUCAAGGUGUGAUUGCGAUCCCAGGGACAAUCGGAGCACUGCUGGUGGAAAGACCGGCUCCAGUGGCCGAGGGAUUCGCACAACAGGCUCCGUUGGUUUACCAUUUUGGACAUACGACGCCAUCCGAUAAUGACGUGUUCUUCAACGUUUUGAUUUCAAAACUGGCCGAAACUACCCUGGAACGGUUGCAGGCUAAUAAAAAGGCUAAAUAUUCAGGAAUGAUCAUCAACACAUGCGGAUGGGUAAAGGGUGGCGGUUACCAACACAUUUUACACGCGGUUAAGGUAUUUGAAGUCAAUGCCGUUUUUGUGAUGGACCAGGAACGUUUGUACAACGAACUGUUGCGUGAUGUGGAUCGUAAUGUUCAGGUUGUCUUUCUGCCUAAAAGUGGUGGCGUGGUAGAGCGCACAAAGUCACAGAGAGUCGAAUCUCGCGACAAUCGCAUUCGGGAAUAUUUCUACGGUUCCAAGAUGCCACUCUACCCGCAUUCCUUCGAUGUUAAGUUUGCUGAUGUUAAGCUGUUCAAAAUUGGCUCACCUGCCCUGCCGGACUCGUGUCUGCCGUUGGGCAUGAAAAAGGAGGAUAAUUUUACAAAACUAGUUCCGGUUCAGCCGGGACCGCACCUAAUGCAUCAUAUUUUGGCGGUGAGUUUCGCUGAGACUACCGAGGAAAAUGUGAUACAAUCGAACGUAGCUGGAUUCAUUUGCGUAACCAAUGUGAAUAUGGAGAAGGAAGUGCUGACGGUUCUGUCGCCCCAGCCGAGACCGCUGCCGCAGACGAUCCUGCUGGUGUCGGAUUUGCAGUUCAUGGAUAGUCACUGAAAGUGGGUUGAUGCACAUGUUGUAAAUAAAAAAAUAAUUUUUAAACUA